UGUGAGACCGUCAGUUUAUUUCUUGACGGCUCAGCGCUCGUACAUACAGGCAGAAAACCAAUUAUGAAGAUCCUCAUUGUGCUGGCAGUUCUGGUCACCGUUGCCUCGUCUCUUCCUCAAUUUGGCUUUGGAGGCCCUGGCUUUGGCGGACCUGGCUUCGGAGGCGGCGGCUAUGGAAACCAAGGCUUCGGCGGAUUUGGAGGAGGCCCUGGAUUUGGAGGCGGCCCUGGCUACGGUGGUUUUGGAGGUGGUCCCGGCUAUGGCGGAUUCGGUGGAAGCCCGUAUGGCGGCUUUGGAGGUGGUGGUGGUCGUCGACGUCAUCAUGGCGGCGGCGGCGGUGGGGGUGGUGCUGCCUCUGCCUCGGCUUCUUCUAGCGCUUCGGCGGCUGGUGGCGGGGGGGCCGCUGCAUCCUCAGCAUCCUCAUCCGCCUCAGCAUCGGGCGGAGGUGGCUUCUAUGGCUAGAGCGGUUGUCUUUUGUUUAUGCCUAAGUUAGUUUUAAUGAUUGAAGAAAGUCUGAAAAAUAUAAGAUAAAAAACCCGAAUCUUAAGAGAUGCCUCUAUUCUGUCAUUGUCCCACGACACUCGACUCCAAUCAUGUUCAAUGGGAACUACGAUGCAUAAAAACGCCGUUAAUUCAUGCAUAUAAGUCGGGGAAAUAAUAAAAU